UUUGGUAGAGUCGAGUUGGGCGCCAGAUCUUUGCGCGGUCGGUUCGGUCGAUUAUACAGAAUAAGUCGAGCUAAGGGAUAAAACCUUCGUUUACUAAAAAUACCCACGUUUCUUGUAUUGAGGAUAAUAAGGACAAUGGCACUAUUUCGUUUGAGCGCGGCACGAUGCUUAGAACUACAAAAACUAAGCUCACCAAUAAUUCUACGUCCUUUGUCGGACGCCGCUACGGAUUUGAAGAAAGUCCUUGCGGAUAAAAUCCCACAGGAGCAGGAACGUAUCAAGGCUUUCCGUAAGCAACAUGGUAACACCAAAGUCGGUGAAGUCACCGUUGACAUGAUGUACGGAGGUAUGCGUGGUAUUAAAGGUCUAGUUUGGGAACCAUCAGUAUUAGAUGCCGAAGAAGGUAUCAGAUUCCGUGGCAAGUCUAUUCCCGAGUGUCAAAAGUUGCUGCCAAAAGCACCUGGUGGUGCUGAGCCACUUCCAGAAGGUCUGUUCUGGCUUUUGAUUACCGGGGAAGUACCAACUGAAGCUCAAGUAAAAGCUAUCUCUCAGGAAUGGGCAUCAAGGAGUUCUUUGCCUGCUCACGUCACCAAAGCCCUCAAUGAUUUCCCUAAAUCUCUUCACCCCAUGACCCAGUUCUCAGCUGCGAUCACGAUUCUCAACAGUGAGAGCGAGUUCGUAAAAGCUUACAGCAGCGGAGUGCACAAGUCAAAGUACUGGGAGACCACCUACGAGGACUCGAUGAACCUCAUUGCCAAGUUGCCUGUAGUUGCUGCGACAAUUUACCGCAACGUCUACAAGAACGGUAAAGGUCUGGGAUCUGUCGACAGUGGCAAAGAUUGGUCGUGGAACUUCGCUAGCAUGCUCGGUUACGACAACAAAGAAUUCAUCGAAUUGAUGAGACUCUACCUCACUAUCCACUCUGACCACGAGGGUGGAAAUGUAUCUGCUCACACUACUCACUUGGUUGGUUCAGCUCUCUCUGACCCCUACCUCUCACUUGCCGCUGGAAUGAACGGAUUGGCUGGACCACUUCACGGUCUCGCUAACCAGGAAGUAUUGGUGUGGCUUCAAAAAUUAAAGUCACAAGUCGGCGACAAUCCUUCUGAUGAAAAGCUCAAGGAAUUCAUCUGGAAUACACUGAAGAGUGGACAGGUUGUACCUGGAUACGGACACGCUGUCCUCAGAAAGACUGACCCACGGUACACUUGCCAGAGAGAGUUCGCCAUGAAACAUUUGCCCAACGACCCACUGUUCAAGCUCGUCUCCCAAGUAUACAAAGUUGUCCCUCCAAUUCUAUUGGAAACCGGCAAAGUAAAGAACCCAUGGCCCAACGUAGACGCUCACUCUGGUGUACUCUUACAAUACUACGGAAUGAAGGAAAUGAACUACUACACCGUAUUGUUUGGAGUAUCCCGAGCGCUUGGUGUCCUUUCAGCUUUGGUAUGGGACCGUGCUCUUGGACUACCAAUUGAAAGGCCAAAGUCACUCAGCACUGAUCUCCUGAUGAAAGCUGCUAAGGCUGCCUAAAUAAAAUUAUCAGUAACUAUUGUCACUAGUUAAAGGUCACCACGUCUAUACCAGCAACGGCAACCAGCAACAACAAUAGGCAUCAUCAAAUACAAUCAUCGAGGUCGUUUUAAUGCCAUCAUCACUUUACCACACACAAUAAUUAUUAACGAUCUCGUCUAUGCUCAUUUAUAUUAUCUAUUAUUAUUAUCAUUAUCAUUAUAACUUAACAUCGUCUAUCGUUUUGUCGAGCAAUUAAUCAAUUUAUUAUCGAUUUAAAAAUUCUUAAGUCCGAAAAUUUAUAUUUUUCAUGGUAAUUUUUAUUUUUAUUAAUUACUGAUCGUCAAUCAAUUGUCUCGUUAUCAAUUAAAAAAAAAAUUGUCUUCAUAUUAAAACAAAACUGUUAAAUUUUUUAUUGAAAAAAAAAUUAUCGCGAUACAUAGAGUCAAUUAUUGAAUAAAAAAUAAUAAAUGAUUUAUUUGCGACACAUUUAAAUUAACUGAGUAUUUUAAAAUCUUAGUUUUACUUAAAAAUCAAAUUUUCAUUUAACAUCAUCAUCAUUAUUAUUAUUAAUAUUAUUAUUAUUAUUAUUACUAAAAAUCAUGUUUAUUUAAAUAAAUAAAAUAAAAAUAUCGAGCACCAGUUGAAUGCUAGAGUGGCGUCAACUUGUGAUCAGAUAAAUGAUUUAAAAAAUAAAAUAAAUCAUGUUUAUGAAGAACAAUACUGCCUAGGUCGUGACUAUUUUAGAGCUACUGUUAGAAUAAAUAAACGAACAAUAAUUAGAAGUUCAUAAAAAAAUGAUAGCUAGUAAUAAUUGUUUAAAUAAAUGAAAUGAUUAAGUUGAAACGGGGUUACAAAGUUGAUUAAAUAGGCAAUCAGCACUAAUGCUAAUUACAUUUGGUGCUAGCUAGUCUGGAUGCCACUGUAUUAUUGAUCGUUCGACAGUGUGUUCUUAAGUAAUAAAUAAUAAUACGAUAUGAUAAUAAUAAAUAAAAAUAUUAUUUAACUAAAAUAUUAGAAUGUCCGAAUAUUUUAAAUAAAAGUACAGUAAAUAUCUGUGUAAAAAUAAUUGUUGAAAAAAUGUUUUUCUAAACUUCAAAAUUUGACACGAGGAUUUUUUUUUAACGUUUUUUUGACUUAAAUUCGUCUAAAAAAAAGUUUGUCAUUGUCACGAUUUGGAGUUUAGAAUAGAACUUUUUCAAAAAUUUUUUUUACAUAGGCAAUAAUUUGACAAUUUGACUUUUACGUAAGUCUCGAAAAUUUGUAUAAACUAAAUGAGAAUGAAUGAGUGUGCGAUACCUAAUUUAUAAUAAACGAUUUAAAAUAAAUAGAAGUCCCACAAUUUCAA